GUCGUGAGGCUUCACCACCUAAAGUGACCAGGACAGCAAACUCGGUGGCAGCGCCUAUUAACAUGGGACGUAUUCUAUGAAGAUUUGUCCAAUGGAUGCCAUAUUGACACUUCGCUUGGCUUAACACCAUUGAGGCCACUGUGUCCUGAUGAUGAGCGUCCACCACUGUGGAUUUAGAUAAUUAUUUUUUUUAAUCAAGUCGCACAGCUGAAUGCUCAGGAAUCCAAUAAUGGAAACUUCAACAUUUUAUUUUUAUGACUUUAAUUCCACAUUCACAUGGGAUGAGGAUGACAAUAAUCCAUGUGUGAAGGAUAAGAUUGCAUCGAAAUUCCUGCCAGUGUUUUACUCGAUGUUGUUCAUCAUUGGACUUGUAGGAAACGCCUUGGUGUUGUACAUCGUGACGCAAUGCGUGAGGCUCAAGAGCAUGACCGAUGUGUCUUUCCUGAACCUGGCCAUUUCAGAUUUGCUCCUCGUCAUUUCGCUGCCGUUUCUGGCCUAUUACGCCGCUGAUCAGUGGAUUUUUGGAGACGCCAUGUGUAAAAUAAUCAUGGGGUUGUACCACGUGGGCUUCUAUGGAGGGAUCUUCUUUGUCACCCUGAUGAGCAUCGACAGAUACCUCGCAGUAGUGCACGCGGUGUAUGCCAUUCGAGCGAGGACUGUGUUUUACGGCACCAUUGCAAGCUCUGCAGUUUGGGUGAUUUCGGUGGCAGUUUCUUUUCCUGAAAUUUUAUACAAUAAGGUCAUAUAUGACAACAUCACCACUUGCAGACCCCAGUAUCCACCUUUUAAACGAAAAACCUUAAAAAUUGCCAGUAUGUUUAAGAUGAACAUUUUAGGGCUUUUGAUUCCCCUUGCAAUUAUGUGUUUUUGCUCCAUCAUGAUAAUCAAACGGCUUCUACGGUGCCAUUCUGUAAAACGGGAAACCAUCAAGCUCGUUUUCUUUAUCGUGGGGGCCUUUUUCAUUUUCUGGACGCCGUACAAUAUCGCUUCGUUUUUGGAUGCCCUGCAGACAUUCGGAAUAUUCAAUGACUGCAAGUCGAAUAAAAAUAUCGACCUGACGCUUCAGGUGACGGAGGUCAUCGCCCACAUCCACAGCUGUUUGAACCCGUACUUUUACAUAUUUGUGGGGGAAAAAUUCAAAAGGCACUUCAUCAGAAUGAUUGCCAAAGUGCCCUUCUUGAAGUGCAGCCUGCUGAAGCCGCAUUUGCCAUCAACCGUCAGUUCGUUUUAUUCACAGUCUACUAGUGUAGCGGAGAACAGUGUGGCUUUGUGAAUACGUUUAUUUGAGACUAACAGCCGGCCACAUUUGAGUCCAUACAUCGCUACUAAUGCUUCAUUUAGACUGCUGGUUAAAGUGACUCGAUUUUGAAUUUUGGUUCCUAUCCAGUCUUUUGCCUGACUGUUUGAGAUGAAAUCUGAUAUGGCAGCAUACCAGCAUCCACCCUGAGUCUGCAGAAUUAAUAAAAAAUAAAUCAUCAGACAGAUGCAAUUAAACAGACAACCAUGAAUACCUCCUACAUGCCACCCUGUGACUUCCAAUGGUUGGCAGUGCCCAAUGCUAGCAAAUGAGAAGACUUUAACCUCAGGCCAUCACUUACAAUACGCCUGUCAGUCGUGACACAACUGGUGAUGACAGUCACAACAUACACAUCGUGAUCAUUAUGUCAUGGCAUAUCAUGUUCUAACUUGCUUAAUGCAGAAAAAGGUUGUGGGGGUUAGGGUGAGGGGUUUCUGGAGCCCAAACCAACUAUUAGAAUGGGGCACAAGGCAGGAAUAAACCCAGCACAGGGGGCCAGUCCAUCACAGCAUCAAUUGAACUGUAGUCGAUUUAAUGAUCAGAAAUUAAGAGUUGCAGAUUCUCUCCAAUAACCCUUAGAUAGACAGACAGACAGUCAGAUGGGGGAGCCCUGACCUUAACCGUAAUGAGAUAAUUGUACGUUUUCAGUGGGUCCAGUAUAAGGAUGUUUCUAGAUAGCGUCGCAGGAGGUACAGCUUAAAAUGGGUUUGUCAAGAAGGAUGUAAGUCGGGUGUAGUGUUGGUAUUGGGCCUGGGUAGGCCGAUGCCCACCAGUUUUUUUAAUUGUUUUGUAGCGUACAAUUAUUUUUUAACAUACAUGGAUUUUAAUAUACAUCUCCCUUGAUUAAUUAAUUAUAAACCUGCUCGGCAAAAUUGACAGAAAAGACAAAAUGUACUACCUAAACAGUUAAUUGAACUCUUAAAAAGUAUUUAUAUACGUGUAUAAAUGGAUGGCUGGGUGAUCCAGUUCCCUCACAAGUCCCACAGGUUAGGAAUUGGCGAUAUUGUAUUAACCCUGGUGCGUGCGUUUGUGUGUGUUUGUGUUUGCUCUGUGACAGACUGGUGACCUAUCCAGUGUUUGUUAUUGCCUUGCGCCCUAUGUUGGCUGGGAUAGGCUCCAGUGCCCCCCUCAACCCUGUUCAGGAAUAAGCGGGCUACAAAAUGACUGACUCAAAAUGAUUUUACUGAGCAUGACUACCUAUCAGAAAUAAGACUGACUUUCAGUUCUACCAACCACAAAAACGUAAAGCAUCCAGUGUACACAGAAGGCUCUCAAUCAGUAGCUUACUGAACAGAACAGUUACGCAUGUACGUCCUGCUGGAGGGAAAUGUGAACAAUACAAGAGAAACAUGAACAAUGUCUCGACAAACAAAGCAAACCAAAGAGAAGCACAAAAUGUUCAACAGUCCGAUGUCAGCAGUGAAACCUUUGGUGAUUCCCCAAUGGCAAAUGAAAACGCUGCCGCUAUGCACUAAUUCUAGCGAUGAGUUUACUACUAACACUACUUAUCAAGAGUGAUAGAAUGUCUACAACACACUCUGCCGCCGAUGUCGAAGGAUUGGCCAGGUCACGAAUGUGUCUGAUAUUCACCAGCCACCAACUCAGUCUGCAACUUCUGUUACGGUCAUUAAAGGGGUGCAGCUUUGCGUCAGCUCAUUGCUACGUAGCUCUGUGAUUGGAUAGCAAAAGACGUUUUUUGACAAAAAUAUCCAGACAUUUUGAUGAUAACCUAACUUGUGGAUUCAGAGACUGAAAUCGUGUCACACAUCAAGUGUGUUCAAAACAUGAGUCAAGUAAAACUCAGAAGGGACAGUACUUUGUAGAUAUAGAAAUAACAAGAAAUGCCAUAACUGUUGCCAAAAAAAAAUCUUUCUGCUGUUAUGUAACAUUAUUAUUCAAAUUUAUAGCAUAUUAUUUGGGUGCUGCCAAUUGAAUAGUGAAUAAGCGACUCUUUGGGGUUGAUUUAUUUGUAAAUCGUACUCUGAAGGAGUUCGUGCCUCACCAGCCAUGAACCUCACCGCACGUCACUGGUGGCAGCAUAAAUCAUUGUACAAGUUAAUAGCCCUCUAUUUAGCCUGCCAGCCUAACAGGUAGCUUACAGUGAUGGUGACAGUACAAGCAUCAUUUUAUUGUGCAGUCCCAUAUAACGUUAAACGUAUAAGUGGCCAAUGAAACAAACCAACUAGUCUAAUAUAAUCACAAAAUUCAACGACAUCAAAGCAUAACGAUUAUCUUUAACCACGAUUCUUGGUUACAUUAUCCUCGCCAACACACACCGAAAAACCCAGUAUUACCAACCAACCAAGGCACAAUGUCAAUGAGUUUCUCCAGUGAGAGUAUGGAGAACUCUUUUAACUUUUUUGCCUUCUGACUAGACUUUAUACAGUAUAGUGCCUUUCAAGGCAAACACCACACCAAAGCAAAUAUGCAGGACUUUUACAAGGUUAUCUGCAUUUCUACAACUUGAGCACCUGCAGGUCAGGUGGAUCACUCAGGGUCAUCCCGUAAGUCACUCAUGUGAGUUGAAUGAGUAAUUACAUCAUUUUAUAUUGUGUCUGUCCAGGUGACCAUCAUUUUCAGGAAUAGAUAGAUAGAUAGAUAGAUAGAUAGAUAGAUAGAUAGAUAGAUAGAUAGAUAGAUAG